AAAUAGCCACAGCUGGCAAGCUUCAUUGACAGGCCAAGGCCCGCAGUCAACAUGGCCGCGACUGGCUUGCAUUGCCCUUCUCUGCCAGCAGUAAGGAUGGCUCCGGUGACUUCCUUUGAACCUCGUACUUCCCAUAACAAAGAUGGCUCCUUUGCUUCCGCGUUCCGGUUGUGGACGGUGAGCGUCUCGGGACUUGGCGUCUUUUCUCGUCAGUUUUCUCUGUCGUUUCUGGAGUGCUUUGGAGCGAGGACUAUGGCAGCUAAGGACGCCACUUCAGGCAGCCUGUCAGAGGAGAGCAGUGCUUUGGACCUGCCAUCUGCGUGUGACAUAAGAGAUUAUGUCCUGCAGAGACCCAACCAAGACACCAACAGUGAGGCUUUCAGUUCUGUGGAAUUCCAUUCUUUUCCUUGCUCUUCUGAUGUGGAUCCAGACACCAGUAACCUAAAUACAGAACAAAAUAACUCUUGGGCCUCUGAGAACUUCUGGCUUGACCCUACUGUGAAAGGCCAAUCAGAGAAGGAAGAAGACAAUGGCCUUCGGAAAUCCCUGGAUAGAUUCUAUGAAAUGUUUGGCCAUCCGCAGCCAGGCUCUGCAAACCCACUCUCUGCAUCUGUCUCCAAGUGCCUGUCUCAGAAAAUCACUCAACUAAGAGACCAGGAGAGCCAAAGGUCACUUCACAGUGCAUGGCUGUCUCUCUGCUUGCUUCUCUAGUGGAAAAUCACCUUCCCUGUGUAUCUGAGAACUCAGUCCUCAUGAGCAAGGUCACAGUCAGAGAAGAACAUAUUAAGGCCAUCUGAAUGAUAGCCCGUUUGGGAUAGAUGAUUCUCUCGGCAAAUAUGAUUGUGGACGAGACCAGGCCCGUCUGAUUGUUUGACACCCAAAGGCCUUAUUCUCUCAUUGCCUUUUUCUUAGAUCCUGAAAGCUGUGCAUCAGAGAUAGCAGUUUUACCAGCAACAGAACCAAGAGUUCUCCAAAUCCUCCCAAGGGAAUCCUUUCCAUCUGCUGUUUCAGUAGGCGGUGCACUGAUGAAGGCACACAGUUUAGCGUUCCUGCCCUCUGUUAUUUUCUCUGCUUCCUUCAGCAUUUCCAGCUUCAUGUCAGAUGCCUUAAGCACACAUUAUUAUUUCAUGAGAAUGUAAUUCAUGUUUAUUCAAACUGGGGGACCUUUUUGGUUGCCCUUACAAGCUCCUCCCGGGAUCCUGAUUAAUUCUUGUCACAUUGUCUCCCUAGAAGGCGUGAGAACCAUUAGGAUGUCAGGUGUGCAGUUGUCAGUUGCUCUGGUUGGAAUCCCUGGAUCCAAAAUUGCCUAACCCUGCCCUGAUUUUCACAUUAUUUCCCUUAUUAUUAUGUCCUCAAGCUCUCUCCUUUUCCCUCUCUCUUUUUCAAUAUAUAUUUAGAGGUCUCCAUCAUUUUAAAAAAAUUGUACACACACACAUAUCCAUGCACUUUUUAAAACUUGAUUUAAUCAUAGUUUACUUCUGUUCAGCUUCUCCUCUCCCCUUUGGUCCCAUCUUCUAGACCUAUAGCCAAGACGCACGAAGCUGCUGGAAUUUGGAGACAGGAAAGAACUAGGUUGGGAACCCCUGGCUUAAACCAACAAGCGUUUGCUCAAAAUCCUGAGGCAACUUCCAGUUUCAGGAGAAGAUGAUAUAAACUCACUUUUUCUGGCUUCUUCUCUUUAAACACAACCAAGUACUAUGGAAAUAAUUCAGCAAUCAUAAAAGGACUCUGAACAGCAGAAAGAAGAUGGACGGACUAGGGACUCGAGACUCGAAGAUUACACAACAGUGGGUUCCCUGGGUUUUCUUUAUCUUCUAUGUAUCCUGGGCACAAGUCAGCCUGAAACCAGAGAGCCACUGGAGAGAGCAAGAGAGGGAAGGAAGGAGGAAGGGAAGGAAGGAGGAAGGGAAGGGAAGGAGA